GUCACACAUUCAUUCACAUUCCCCUCCCACCCCGUCCCUAUCGCAUUAGUUCAAGUGUCUCCCCAUUUAGUACUUCCGGUCCCGCGGGAAAAGCCCUUUAAAAAAAAAACAAUCAAAAUGGGAGAAUAUUCUGUCACCCCGGAAUAAACACGGGAGGGGCGGGGGUGGGUUCACAAUUUUUACUCGUUAAUUAUGAUGUGGGUAAAUAGGUGAGGCGUCGUUGUGAAUUGUAAUGGGGGAAAAUUGACCGGGUAAUUGGGAGCUGUAAAAAGUGCUGUGCAAAUGUUGUUCUUUGAAAUUGAAUCGUGAUUGAUACUUGCGGUUUUAAUAUUUGAGCGAACGCGGUUUAAUUGAAUGUCUUAAUUCGAUAGUUUAUGGAAUUUAUGGGGAAUGUUGAAUUAGUUGCAAGAAGAUGAGACUGUUUUCGGUGGCAAGAAGUGCCGGUGACAGAAGGAUAAAUGCUUCUUUGAAAGUUUCAGUGGUAAGAGAUAUCGCCGGUGUAAGUCGGAUCGAAGUUCAGAAAAAAAAACCCGAUUCAUUGUUUUAAUUGGGUAAUUUAAACGGAAAAUCAAGAGGUAUCGACAAUUAUUCUGUCAACAUAAACAUUUUUUUUUUAAAGAUUUCAAAAUAAUUUUAAAUGGCAAAGAAACGCUGUAUUCACUCUUAAAUCUUUAAAAAGAUUGACUGCAACUUCGAUAAUAGAGUCGUUUUCGUCUUUUAUUGUACGAAUGCCAAUGAAGUAACUCGGAUUUAAAAAAAAGUGAAAUAAAUAAAAAUAAUAAAUAAAAGGUUCGUAACAGACAUAAAACGACAUUGCGGAAAUUCAGUGUUCAGUGUAUUUGGGUAAAUCUUCAGGGGAUUGGACUGCAUCCCGUAAGGCGCUUCGUUUACCAGUUUGUAGAGUGAAGGGAAAUAGGUACUGAACAUCUAAAGAAAAUAAAUAGACGAAAGAGCGGAUAAAAAAGUGAGUGUGCCGUGACUGAAGGCAAAAAAAAAACAAUCCAGAAAGUAAAAAGUGAGGUAACAACCCGAAAAUAAUUGUGCGAACACCACGAGUGGCACGAAUCAUCCACACACCCGGAAAAAAAAACAGGAACCCUCUGAAAUAAUAAUUUAUUAAAAAAUAGAAUUAGAAAAAUAAAUGAUCUGUUGAUCCAACAUUUUUGUACGAGCGUCGAGCACCGAAUGUUAGUUGAAUUGCGGUGGAUUUUUUGUUCCCAGUCAGGUAUAUAAUAGUUAAACCGAGACUUGAAAGAGAAAUAGAAAGAGAAAAAAAAACUAGCCUGUUGACUUUACGGACUGUGUUUGAGGUGUCGUCAUUGGAUAUUACGAGCGUAAAAACAUCGAAGUGGAUGUGAAGGGCAGAGGGUAUGACGUGCCGCGUCACCUAGAAUUAUACGGACGCGGGGAUUUUCUCUGAGGGUCCCCUCUCUCUCGUUUGCUGGUGGAAGCGAAGAAGAAAGAAAAAAACCCUUUCGGAUUAGGGGGUGAACAAAAAUCGCCGAGGGCGAGAUGCAGCAUCACGGGAUUCAGCGACGAAUCCUUGGCCCCGCCCUCGUACUCCUGACGAUUCAAACGAUUGCCCUAGUACUGGCAGGUGACCAAGAGAGAAACGUGUGGUACGAUGCGGCAACGCAGAAAAUCGAGACAAGGAUACGUGCAGCAGCGGCAUCGAGCACCACCGGUACAACACCGCCAGUUGGUGAAGCACGAGGGGUUGUACUCUUUGUUGGUGAUGGUAUGGGUAUGAGUACACUCACCGCAGCUCGUAUUCUCUCUGGUCAGCGUCAAGGUAACACUGGAGAAGAGACGGAGCUCGCAUGGGACACAUUUCCAGCUAUUGCACUGGCGAGGACUUACAACAAAGAUGCACAAGUGGGUGAAUCCUCGGCUUGUGCAACAGCUCUAGUAUGUGGAGUCAAGGCCAAUUACGAGACUGUUGGAUUAGACUCGUCAGCUAAGUUCGACAACUGCCUCUCAAGUCAAACCGCAAGGGUCCCGUCAAUCGUGGAAUGGGCACAAGAGAGAGGAAAAUCGACAGGCCUAGUAACAACUACCCGGGUGACCCAUGCCACCCCAGCAGCCCUUUAUGCUCAUGCCUCCAGCAGAUACUGGGAGGACGAUGGAAAAGUGCCUUCACCCGCGAGGACAAAUUGCAAAGACAUUGCUAAACAACUUGUUGAGGACGAGCCCGGGAGAAACUUGAAUGUUAUCCUGGGUGGUGGGAGGCGGCAUUUCGUCUCAAAAGUCACGCCGGACCCUGAGGAUCCGGAUAAGGAAGGCAGACGUUUAGAUGGGAGAAAUCUCAUUACGGAAUGGACAAAGAGUCAUCCUGAGCCAACGUCUAAAUACGUAUUCUCAAAGGAGCAGUUUGAUGAUGUUGAUCCUGGCAGAGUCGAUCAUCUGCUAGGUCUGUUUGCCUAUUCCCACAUGGACUUUGAGGUGGAUCGCAAUGCAUCCGCCACUGGUGAUCCAUCACUCACUGAAAUGACCGUAAAAGCGCUGAGGAUACUCAAGAAAAACCCAAAGGGAUUCUUCUUGUUUGUCGAGGGUGGAAGGAUAGACCAUGCUCAUCACUAUAAUAAUGCUUAUCGUGCCCUGGAUGAGACACUGGCGAUGGAGGAGGCAGUGCGAGCAGUCUUGAACGAGGUCGACCUAUCCGAGACUCUGCUGGUAGUCACCGCUGAUCAUUCCCAUGUAUUGACACUCGGUGGACUAGCUACACUACGGGGAAAUCCAAUUUUCGGGUCUGACAGCAAAAAGUCGGACGUGGAUGGAAAGCCCUAUACAACCCUCUUGUACAGCAAUGGUCCAGGUCACACGGAACCGCGAUCCGUCAUGCGGGAAGCUGGAAAGGAUUCUAUUCAGACGGCAGGUGUUCCUCGAUCAUGGGCAACCCAUGCUGGUGAGGAUGUCCCAGUGUUCGCCAUAGGACCGCUCUCCAGCGUCCUAUUCUCCGGCAGCAUCGAUCAGAGCUACAUUCCCCACGCAAUAGCAUACGCCUCCUGCAUGGGGAGACACGCAAGUCGUUGUUCACGAGACUCAGCUAUAAUCAACGAAACAAUAAUGGCACCGAUAAGCUGUCCCUCAGCGGAGCCCAACAGCGCAGCAAUAUCCAGCGACGUGAUGAACGAUCAAGCGAGAAAUCCACCUAGCAAAUCCAAUGCCCACCAGAUUAUCCCAAUCGUCCUUACUCUUACCAUCACCAUCACUAUCUUCACGACGAGUUAAUGUUCAAUGAGUAACGACUAUUCCAGAACUAUUUGUACAAAGUAUGUCUGAUGACUGAAAAAAUUAAAUGGACAGUAUUCAAUUGAUGUCAAGUGGACAGAGUGUUUUGAACGGAGCCUCAUGGGUAAUUAGCGGAGAAAAAUCGAGAUGUCUUGGAAACCACUGGGCCCACCAGAAAACCCUAGAGGAACUUUUUGUAGUUCGUUAAAUUACCCUGAAAAGAGGUUUCUCGUGUUUUUUGAUAUAGCCCAUAGUUUCUGAGAUAUCUCGAAAUCCGUCGGGGGAAAAAUUGAGCAGAUCGCUCUCACAUUCAGGAGCAGCUCCUGGAGGAAUUCACCUUGAGAACCAUUGAGGGGAGCCUUGUCGGAAUAGGCCCAUCAGAAAGAUGGGGGAAUUUUACCUCAAAUGAAAAAAAAAACGACCCGUGUUGACCCGCUAUUUCCGAAGAUACAGGGCAAAAACCUUUUCGACUCGAUUUCGUUUUUCUCGAGUAUCUCAGGAUUCACUCGAGCUACGUGACUCGUCUUUUUUUUUAUUCGAACUUAUUUUUUCCCAUCUAUCCGAUGGGCCUAUUUUCCACUCCGUAAAUCCCUCGGUUUUCGGGUUAAGUGACGCGUGUUGGAUGUGUGAGUCAAAAACUCAAAAAUCAAGUGCAACGAGACUCACGUACUCAAUCAGGCAUUUUUUCCCCCAAUGAAGUAACUAAAGAAACGAAUAAAAUACUCAAGAAUUGACGUCAUCACUUUUUGCACCAAGACACCACGUAAUUUUAUUGAUUUCAGUAUUUUCGUAUAAUGUAGAUUCAUUUCCACUGAAUUUUAUCACCAACGGCUUAUCAAUUUCACUGGACUAAGAAGAAUAUAUUGUAAUUGUAAAUAAAAUUGUGAAUGGAAUUAUUACUAUAUGAU